AUGGCUGACGGAUUUGGCUUAGAUGAAUCGUCUAUUGACGGUUUAGAUGAGGAAAAUUUUAUGAACGAAUUGUACCUGUUUGCCACAGAAAACAAAGAACCACCUAAGCAAUCGCGAAAAGUUUGCAACAGAUGCAGUCGUCCAUUGACUGUGUGCUGGUGCCCUUAUUUAGCAGCUGAGCGGAUACAGAUAUCCACCGAUGUUUUCAUACUACAGCAUCCUUUUGAGGAGUUGCGGAAGCUGAAGACGGCUCCCAUGUUGUACCAGAGUGUGCAGGAAGGCAAGUGCCAUAUCAUCCGGGGCAAGAAGUUUAACAAUAAUAAGAGAUGUGUGAGGUACCCAGACCUGCAUGAGGUUCUCUCUAGCCCUGACACGCUGCUGCUCUUCCCUGGGGAGGAUGCAGUCGACAUUCGCCAGUUGGUGGGAGAGCCCAACACCUCAUACAACCUGGUUGUCCUUGACGGCACUUGGUCCCAGGCCCGUGGGAUGUAUGCCAAUAAUAAACUCCUUCAACUGCCAAGGAAGGUGAAGGUGGAGACAGAUAUGACGAGUCGUUACGUGAUUCGGACCCAACCCACGGACACCGCCCUCUCUACCCUCGAGUCUGUAGCUGUGGCCCUCUCCAUACUAGAGAACAGGCCUGAACUGGUUGAGACACUAGUUGCUCCAUUGGAGGCCCUCUGCAGGUUCCAGUUGCAUCACGGAGCUGUGGCCCACCAGAGCAGGGAGUACAAGAUUGCCCAUGGACUCUGGAACAAAACCCUUCCCAGGAAACUCAUACGUCGGAUGCAACGGCAGGAUGCAGAGAAUGCCUUAACUAGAGACAGUGGUGAACACAACAGAGUUGAUGACCCCAUCAGAAAGAAAGAGGACGAAAACACACUGAAGAUGCAGUUGACCUCAACCGAGACCUGUGAUGCUGACCAAGGAAACUUGACACCAUCCAUGGACAACCUGGAGGAGUUCUCAGAGUCCCAGAUAAGCACCACCUGUGAUAUAAUACCAUCAUGUGAUAGUAAACCUUCUGAUACUAUGGAUAGAAAUUCGACAUACUGUGAUACAUCUCUAAAGGAAGCUCUUAAUGGCACUGAAAAUAUUGAUAUGAAAUGUGAUAGAACUGUAGACAGUUGAAGUAUUGUACUGUUAAGUUUCCCAAUUCUACAAUCAAGGAUCAUAAUUAUUUCUACAAACUCAAUAUUCCCAAUAGACAUGUUAUUCUAGCUUUUUUUCAAAUAUAAAAGAAAUUUAGUUUAUCUUUUAUCUUUGACAGAAAUUGGAGAAAUUACCGUAUAUGUCUUCUUAAGCAUGCAGGUAAUGUCUUUUUGAGAUCCCUGGGUGCCAAAAAGAACCAUUUUCCCUAAUUUAACAACUUUUUAAAAUCUGCUCAAUUGAAGGAAAAUACAAUAAUCAAUAUUUGCUGCAUCCUAGCGGUAACAUACCAUGUAGUGUAAAUCAAUAAAAUGGUCAACUGAAUAUGUGGAUUCAAUAUAUCACUACACAAUUUUUGGCAUCGCGACUCUCAUUGUUUACAAUAGCGUAUGGUUUUCACCGGAAUUUAUGGCAUUUUGUAGAGUUUAAGCUUAUGGUAUUCAUUGUACAUGUCACAAAAUGGGGAAUUGGAAGCCCCUGGAUCUUCUAUGGGGUCAUGCAUGUUUAAUAUGACAUUUACGGUAUUUAUGAAAACACUUCUCAUAGAUGAGCUUCUUUGCUUUUAUGGAAAAUGAUUGUGUUAACCUUAACUUGCUAAAAGUCAACUGUUAUAUUCCUCACGAGUUCUGGCUUAUGGGUUUAUACUCACCACUAUUUUUGCAAUGCGCCAAAAGCUUCCAUCUCAUUUUCUGAUGUAUCUGUCCAUUUUUAAAAACACUUUACUAGAGCCCAAAUUUAUGGUUUUCAAACAACUGAAUUGCAUAAAAGCUAGUAUAAGUUGCUGUGAUAAUAAACACUUCAUCUGGAAACAAGUAAAUUGAAAUAAUCUAGUAGUUUAAACUUGGGUCCUAAUUUCUCAAAAAAACUUUAACUGAACACAGUAUCUUAUUUUAUUUAGCAACAAUACUUACUUUAUGUACUUAUGAUUUUACAAAACAAAAAGUUGUAUACAGUUGUAGCUAUAGGCUGAGGGCUACAGUUCAGAAUGUCAUCCCAGACAUGAAGGGACAACAGUUUUGACUGUUACACAAAUGCCCAUGCAACCACUGUUUUAUUACCUGAUAAUAUCAGGGCUCUCAAUAAUUUUUGAAGUAGAAGGGUGAGCAUAGA